AUGGGGAUCAGGGGGGGUGCUGCCCGACGCCUGUUUGGAGACAGGCAGAGGUUGGAUCCUUGGUAUAUCGCAGACUCAGACUCCGAAGACAUAACAGCUGGUAUAAGGGAAUAUGGCAGGGAGGAAGGUUUUGAAGCGGAUGACGACCCGCUCUGUCCUAGUAUUCACUUCUCGACAGCAGAAGAGCGACAGUUCUGCAGGGAGUGGCGCUCAUCGCUGGUCGUCAAGGCUCUAGGUCAAUCGGUGUCGUACACUGGCAUCUCGAAAAGGCUGAACGAUCUGUGGGCAAAGGCGGGCGGAAUCCAAGUCUCGUCAGUUAAGAAUGGAUAUUACUUGGUUCGGUUCACGAGCGGGAUUGACUACGAGCGUGCUCUAACGGGUGGACCAUGGAUGAUGGGAGACAAUUAUCUCACGGUCCAUAUGUGGGACAAGCAUUUCCGGUCCUACAACCAUGAGAUAUCGUCUACCCUGGUCUGGGCACGCCUGCUGGACAUACCCAUUCACUUCUUUCACAAGGAGGCGGUAAUGAAGAUCGGUGGCCGCAUAGGGAAACCAUUGCGAGUUGACCAAGCAACUGCUACAGGUGCUCGACUAGACUACGCUCGGGUUUGUGUGCAAGUGGACUUAACCAAACCGUUGCUUUCCCAAUUCAAAAUCCAUGGGGUGACCUACUACAUACAAUAUGAGGGACUCGAGAAGAUUUGCCUUAACUGUGGGAAGUACUUCGAGCGCUCGAAAUGCUACUGCACGGCUGUCCCGGACUCGAUGGAUACCGAGUCUACCAUACCGCAAGAGACAUCACAAGUGAAGGAACCAGAGAGGACAUAUGGGGAAUGGAUGAUAGCCAAACGCAGACCUAGGACAGUGCGGAAGGAGACGGUUGGCCAGGCAUCCAAGGGGCCCACGAGAGCCAGUCAGGGAGAUCAAGCAAAGGGAGGUUCACGGUUUAGCGUACUGGCCACCGAGGAGACCCAGGUUAACAUGGAAGAACCUAUUGAGCAAAUUAAUGGAAAAGACAGCUCAGGGCGCGAAAAGGCAAUGGCCAAUCAACACGUCAAGAGCACUGGAGGUGACAGAGUUAAGACCAAGGAAGUAGGAGAGAGUGAACAUGUGCAUGGGGGGGGGGGGGGGGCGAAGCCCGUGAAGGCCAUGCAAACUACGUCACCGCAGCUGACUAGAACCGAUCGCACGACGGGAGGAGUGCCGAGUACCAGGAUAGUUAACCCUUCAGAACUUGCAACUACAUCAGCCCCCCCAGCCGACCAAGUAGCUCCACUGUCUGAAAAUAACCAGACCCUCGCCUCAGCAGCAUGGAGGCGUCCCCCGAAUUUGGUGGAGAUGCAGAGAGAAGAAAACCAUCCUAUCCAACCUGAACAAGAGAUGUCAACCGUGGGAGGACAUUUGGAGGGGGUCACCCCGACCAACGUGACACAAAAAGGGGCCUAA